CCUGGCCCAUUACUUGCUGCACACGCUAGCUUCCCUUACCAGCGACAGAAGAAGAGAGACCAUCCAAUCCAAACCUCGAUCAUCAUCUUCUUCUUCAUCGAAACCCUAAUCCGGCAAAACCAACCGUUCCGUAGAAUCAGGAAAGAUGGUUCUAGCGCAGCUAGGAGGGAGCAUUUCCCGUGCUCUCCAGCAGAUGAACAAUGCCACGGUGAUCGACGAGAAAGUCCUCAACGAAUGUCUCAAUGAAAUCACCCGAGCUCUCCUUCAAUCCGAUGUCCAAUUCAAGCUCGUUCGAGACAUGCAGACCAACAUCAAGAAGAUCGUCAAUCUCCAAGACCUCGCCGCCGGUCACAACAAACGCAAAAUCAUCCAACAAGCUGUGUUUAGCGAACUCUGCAAAAUGUUGGAUCCUGGAAAGUCCUCUUUUGUUCCCCAAAAAGGAAAACCAAGUGUUGUCAUGUUUGUUGGUUUACAAGGUUCUGGAAAAACUACAACAUGUACGAAAUAUGCGCAUCAUUAUCAGAAGAAAGGAUGGAAGCCAGCUUUAGUGUGUGCAGAUACAUUUAGAGCGGGAGCAUUUGAUCAAUUGAAGCAAAAUGCAACUAAGGCUAAGAUCCCUUUUUAUGGAAGCUAUCAGGAGUCAGACCCUGUCAAAAUUGCCGUGGAAGGUGUGGAGAGAUUCAAGGAAGAAAACUGUGAUCUUAUAAUUGUUGAUACCAGUGGGCGGCACAAACAAGAAGUAGCUCUUUUUGAAGAAAUGCGCCAAGUUUCGGAAGCAACGAAACCAGAUCUUGUUAUAUUUGUUAUGGAUAGCAGUAUUGGUCAGGCUGCUUUUGAUCAGGCCCAAGCAUUUAAACAGAGUGUUGCUGUUGGAGCUGUAAUUAUCACCAAAAUGGAUGGCCAUGCCAAGGGUGGUGGCUCUCUUAGCGCUGUAGCAGCAACAAAGAGUCCUGUCAUAUUCAUAGGAACUGGUGAACAUAUGGACGAGUUUGAAGUUUUUGAAGCUAAACCAUUUGUUAGACGUCUAUUAGGCAUGGGUGACUGGUCUGGGUUUAUGGACAAAAUUCAUGAAGUUGUUCCAACGGAUCAACAGCCUGAAUUGGUUCAAAAGCUGUUAGAAGGGAACUUCACCUUGAGGCUUAUGUAUGAGCAAUUUCAGAACUUCCUUCAAUUGGGUCCUACCAGCCAGGUAGUUUCUAUGCUUCCAGGAGUUCCUUCUGAGUUAAUGUCAAAAGGCUGCGACCAGGCAAAAUUUAAGCGUUACAUGACAAUAAUGGAUUCAAUGACAAAUGAAGAGUUGGAUAGUUCAAACCCAAAGCUUAUGAAUGAAUCACGUAUGAUGCGAAUAGCCCGAGGUGCAGGUCGUCAAGUUAGGGAAGUGUUGGACAUGAUGGAAGUGUACAAACGUUUUGCAAAGACAUUUAAAACCACAAUGAAAGGGCUUAACAUACCAAAGAAUGGUAACAAGAGUGCCCUAUCUCGAAAAAUGAAUGCACAAAACAUGGGCAAAGCCUUCCCUCCACAGUUGCUCAACCAAAUUGGUGGCAUGGGCGGGUUACAAAACUUAAUGAAGCAGAUGGGAACUUCUAAAGACAUGAUGGGAAUGUUUAGUGGUGGCGGUAAAUAGUUGAGUAGGCAGGACUUAACAGCGGGGAUUUAUUCCUGAUGACAGCUUCGGACAUAUAAGUAUGUUUUGCAGGUGAUGCAGUUUGACGGUGUCAGAUUUGUUAUCUGCAAAAGUCUGAAUUGGAUGCUAGUCUCUUUUUUUUGUAAAGUUGAUUUUUUUUUUUCCUUUGUGUAUAUAACUUGUUUAAUCUUAGCUAGCAUAAUCCAAGUAAUCAUGUUAUAAAUGAGAAUGAGAAUUUUCUAUAAUUGAGUGAAACUGGAAACAAAAGCUA